AUGGGCUGCCUGCAGAGCGUGGCGUGCAAGGCGCGCGUGCGGCGGGAGCACAUCGUGGUGUCGGACGUGUCGGCGUGCAUCGAGCCGGGCGCCACGGCCCUGGAGGAGACCUCGCCCAUCGUGCUGCGCUACCGGACGCCCUACUUCCGCGCCGCCGCGCGCGUCCUCAUGCCGCCCAUCCCGCGGCGCCACACCUGGGUGGUGGGCUGGAUCCAGGCCUGCAACCACAUGGAGUUCUACAACACCUACAGCGACCUGGGCAUGUGAGUGGCGCCGGGAAGGGGGGGGGGCUCACCGGGUCGCCAUAGGAACCCUGCGCCCUCCCACAAAGAUGGCUGCCCCCCCCCCCCCGCUCAUGGACCCCAAAGGGAGAGGCCGCCGCGGCGGAAGACACCGGGCAGGACAGCUGGGCCGGCCGAGGCUGCCCCGGGAGCAAGAGCGCCCCCUCGGCCCGGGGGCGGGGUGGGACGGCGCCCUUGGGAGCAGCACCUUCCUUAGCUGCUGUCUUGGGCAAAGGCUGCUCCUCCUCGCCUAGAGUUUUCUGGGGCCAAGCAGCCCAAAUCGCAGCAAACCCAGGGAGGAAAUUGCUGAAAUGUCUACAGUUGAAAUACAAGCCCCGUGGCAGCUCUCAAGUAAAAGUGAAAAUGGGAGAGGUUGGUGAGUUGCGGGUCUUCUGUCCUCUCGUGUAGCUUGGCCCUCAGCUGCUUCUCUGUGGGUGUCUCUUCCCCUCCCCUUUCGAUGCUCCAACACCUACAGCAACAUGGUCCUUUGUGAGCAGUGCUAAUUGAGCCCACCUGGGCAGGUGAGUGCACCUGUCCUCAUGUCACCAGGCACCCUUCUCCUCCUGCAAGAAAGCACCUUGGACAGUGCACUGCUGUGCCAACCACUGCAAAGCUACACGUCCCCCUUUAAGUGUAGCAUCAGGAAAGUGAAUGUUCUGUCCUGGCAGUGAAUUACUCCUGUUGCUAGAAGACUCAACAGCACUUUGGAGCUUCUUUUCAUGUGGUUGUCUUGGGCCUCAUGAUGAUUUGGAAUAACUUGAUACUCUUGAGCUCUUAUCCUUCCUAAUCAGCAAUCAUAAUGAUAUUUGAUUUUUACAUUGUAUUGUACUUUUAUUUCAGAAAUCCUUACAGCAGUUCUGUAAGAGAAGUCAAUGGAUUGUCCCCAUAUGAGGAGCUGAGGGAUAGUAGCAACAUAUGUAUGACAGAUUCUACAAAAGAAACCCUUUGCCAGCUUGUUAAUUGUCACCCUCUCCUCCCCCCCCCCUUCUGAUAGUAAAGACUGUGGCAGCCCUGGCAAGGUUCUUUGGGGAAGCAGUUGCAUUGUGGGAGUUCCCCAGUGACACUGCCACCAGAUAAAAGGCAUUGUGCUUGACAUUUGUGGGGAACGUGGCCUCCAUGCAAAAGGUAGAGUUGAUCCUUAAAUCAAAUGAAGGCUAUUUGUGAUUUAAAGGUCAAGACCAGCAUUUUGAAGUCUUCCCUGACAUAGAUUGCUGCUGAUAGGCCCAAGGCUCAUUCCCAGUCAUAAAUUGCUCACCACAUUUUGAAAGUUUCUGAACAGUUGUUCAAAGGCAGUUCAGCAUAGAACAUACAAUCGUGGGAAAAAGAAAGUACACCCUCUUUGAAUUCUGUGGUUUUGCACUUAAGGACAUAAUCAUCUGUUCUUUAGAAGGUCUUAAAAUUGUAGAACCACCUUUAGCAGCAAUAACUUGAACUAAUUGUUUUCUGUAGGACUUAAUCUGUCUCUCACAUCGUUGUGGAGGAAUUUUGGCCCACUCUUCUGACUCGGCCAUUGCAACCCCUUGAUUCUGUUCUUUUUCAGCCAUUCUGUUGUAGAUUUGCUGGUGAACUUGGUAUCAUUGUUCUGUUGCAUGACCCAAUUUCAUCCAAGCUUCAGCUGUUGGGCAGAUGGCCUCACAUUUGACUCUAGAAUACUUUAGUAUAUAGUUCAUGGCGGACUCAAUGACUGCAAGGUCCUGUGGCUGCAAAACAAGCCCAAAUCAUCAUCCCUCCACCACCGUGCUUGACAGUUGGCAUGAGUUGUUUGUGCUGAUAUGCUGUGUUUGGUUUUCACCAAACAUGGUGCUGUGCAUUACGGCCAAACAUCUCCACUUUGGUCUCAUCUGUCCAAAGGACAUUGUUCCAGAACAAUGUUUGUUUUUCAGUUGCAGUAAGAUCCUGCCACAGUAGAUAUAUUAAUAUUGGAGGUGCUGGAAGACUCUUUGUUAUUUAAGUGAACAAUGGAAUGGGGUAGAAAUUGAGGUAUGCACAUGUGUGAGAGAGAGAACCUGCAUCUUAGAAGCUCUUGCGGGUGCUCCCUGUUGGGUUCUCAUAGAUCUACUGCAUAGCCUUCUAUGUUCCCCUAGUGUGAAGGUCAGAUUUUAGAGCAGAAAACAUCUGUGACCCACCAGAUGUUUCUGGAGCACAACUCCUAUCAUCGCUGGCAAUUGGCCUAAUGAGAGUUGGAUGGCGACAGCACUGGGAGGGCCACAGGUUCCUUAUCCCUAUUUUAGAGAGUGACGUAGUAUGUCAAAGAGCAGCACUACACUUUACCAGAAGAGUGAUUAGCAGCAGUUCAAUUAGAAGGGGACAGGUUAACGAUGCUCUUGGUGUAGCACUAAAGUAAUUGCUAUCCCUGUUCUCUUUCUCUUGGGUUCCCUUUGUUCUCAUACUGUGAAAUGGGGUAGAUAGAUAAAAGUGGAUCCAAACCUGAAUCCAUCUGAAUCCAUCCUACUGGAAUCCCUGAGGUUGAUGUAUUAGCGUGCUUGAAAGUGUUGGGCACAGUCAGCUUCCUGCUGCUUCAGUGGCAUCGUUGCAAAAGUUGCCAGUGAAGGGAUGCUGUCUAUGUGAGAAGGUUGUGUCACAAUCAAUACAUACUAGCCAAAGCUAUUUGCUUAGAAGGCUGUCUGCUGCUGAAGUGUUGUACAUCAUUUUACUUCAGCUCUUUUGCCAUUUAGAGUGGUAGUUUUUAAUCUUUCCAGGCCUGGGAAAUACACAGUGGUGCCUCGCAAGACGAAAAGAAUCCGUUCCGCGAGUCUCUUCGUCUUGCGGUUUUUUCGUCUUGCGAAGCAAGCCCAUUAGCAGAUUAGCGCUAUUAGCGGGUUUAGCGGAUCAGCUGAUAAGCGGCUUAGUGGCUUAACGGAUCAGCUGAUAAGCGGCUUAGUGGCUUAACGGAUCAGCUGUUAAGCAGCUUAGCGGAUCAGCUGAUAAGCGGCUUAGUGGCUUAACGGAUCAGCUGUUAAGCGGCUUAGCGGAUCAGCUGAUAAGCGGCUUAGCGAUCAGCUGUUAAGCGGCUUAGCGGAUCAGCUGAUAAGGGCUUAGCGGCUUGGGGAAAAGGGGGGGGGAAGGAAAAAACCCCCGCAGGAACUCGCAAGACAUUUUCAUCUUGCAAAGCGAGCCCAUAGGAAAUUCGUUUUGCGAAGCACCUCCAAAACGGAAAACCCUUUCGUCUAGCGGGUUUUCCGUCUUGCGAGGCAUUCGUCUUGCGGGGCACCACUGCAUUUAGAUCCAGCCUGAAACAUAGGACUCACUUUUAGUAUUUUUUCUAUACCUUUUAUUGUAUUUUUAGUCUUUCAUUCCCCUUGCCCUCCUAUUUCACCCCUCUUCCCUCUUGCUCUUAAACAUUCUUAGCAACUGUUAAUACAGCUCUUAACCCAUGUUUUUAUUUUGUUUUUGCUUUGCCCCUCUAGGUCAAGCUGGGAACUUCCAGACUUGAGAGAAGGGCGUGUAAAAGCCAUCAGUGACUCUGAUGGAGUGAGCUACCCCUGGUAUGGGAACACCACAGAAACAGUGACCUUGAUUGGCCCCACCAAUAAGGUCUCCAGGUUCUCCGUCAGUAUGAAUGACAAUUUCUACCCCAGUGUAACAUGGGCUGUUCCUGUGAGUGACAGCAACGUGCCACUACUAACCAGGAUCAAACGGGACCAAAGCUUUACGACGUGGCUAGUAGCCAUGAAUAUGACCACCAAGGAAAAGAUUAUUUUGCAGACUAUAAAGUGGAGGAUGCGAGUAGACAUUGAAGUUGAUCCCAUGCAACUCUUGGGCAAGCGAGCCCGGCUAGUGGGGAGGACUCAGCAGGAGCAGCCCAAAAUUUUGAGCAGAAUGGAACCCAUCCCACCAAAUGCACUAGUGAAACCCAAUGCCAAUGAUGCCCAGGUCCUUAUGUGGAGACCCAAAAGAGGACCGCCUUUGGUAGUGAUACCACCCAAAUAA